AUGUCGAAGCUUGACCAGCUCCCCGAGGAGCUCCAAAUCGCGACCGCCGCCCACGUAAAAUACAUUCAGAGCCUUGACACCAAGAAGGACGAAUACGAGUACUGGUUGACGGAGCAUCUGCGCAUGAACGGUCUCUACUGGGGACUGACAGCUCUUCACCUCCUGCGACAUCCCGAUGCCCUUCCCCGCGAUGAGACAAUUGAUUUUGUGCUGUCCUGUCAGCACGAGAGCGGCGGCUUCGGGGCUGCACCUGGCCAUGAUGCACACAUGCUGUCGACCGUGUCUGCCGUCCAAAUCCUCGCGCUAGUGGACGGCCUGGAUGAGCUUGACAAGAGGGGCAAGGGAAGGAUUACCACAGGCAAAUUCAUGGCAGAUCUGCAGAAUAAGGAGACUGGCACUUUUGCAGGAGAUGAAUGGGGCGAGGAAGACACGCGUUUCCUGUACGGUGCCCUCAACGCUCUCUCGCUCCUUGGUCUCCAGCACCUCGUAGAUACCGAUAAAGCCGUCGAUCAUAUUGUAGCUUGCUCCAACUUCGAUGGUGGCUAUGGAUUGACACCCGGCGCAGAGUCGCACUCCGGGCAAAUAUUCACCUGUCUUGCCGCGUUGACCAUCGCCGGUCGCAUGGACACCGUAGAAAAAGACAAACUCGGUAGGUGGCUGAGCGAACGUCAGAAACCGAAUGGUGGGUUGAACGGCCGUCCCGAAAAGGACGAAGAUGUUUGCUACAGCUGGUGGGUAUUGAGCAGCCUGGCAAUGAUAGGAAAGACACACUGGAUCGACCGAGACGCCCUUAUCAAAUUCAUUCUCCGAUGCCAGGAUAUGGAACUGGGAGGCAUCUCAGACAGGCCUGGCAACAUGGUUGAUGUGUGGCAUACAGUCUUUGGCCUCACUGGUCUGAGUCUGCUCGGCUACCCUGGUCUUGACACAAUUGAUCCCGUAUAUUGCUUACCAAAGUCGACCGUCGAGCGGACUCUCGGGUCGCACAAAUAG